AUGAAUAAUUUAUCCCACGAAGGCCAACGGGACCUGCCAUUGGCUUCCCCUCGCGCCACCAUCGACGUCAACCCGUCGAGCAGUAUUUACUCCGGAGAACCUGAGGGAGGGAGGGAGAGGGCCACGACGGUAAUGGUGAAGUAAUUUCUCAUCGUGGAAAAUGUCGAGCGAACUUAGAUGGUGGUCAGGCUUAACGCAAGUUUCGGGGAUUGAACUGGAGACGCGGUUGCGGAGUUUCGGCCCAUCGGAGCUCCUGUGGGCCGCGUGGGCGGGAAUUUCUUGAGCGGGAACCCCCCCGCGUGAAGGGCGAAUGAGAGGAGGACGGCAUCUGGGUCUUCUCCUCCGCUCGCCAUCAGCUGGAGGAGAGCUUCGAGCAUGAGGAAGAACGGAAUCUGUCCGUUCACCGUUGGACUCCGAUGCCGCUUCCCCCACCUUCCUUUCUACAGAGACACACCCAUCUUCCUCUCAAACGUUUUAUUAAAGUAAAUCCUCCGCAGGCUAAAUCAUGGAGCGGCGCCCGCUGAAAGCAUGUUCCAUGUCUCUUGGAGUACCCCCCGCCCGGUUCGCUAUCAUCGUUUUUUCCAACAGUCUUAACUCGAAUCGCGCAUUGUCCGCGCAUUUGAGAUCAUCUUGAUGGCUACUUCUCUCUCUAGGAUGGCCAAGGUUUUGCUCGCCGAAGGAUGGAUGAGGUCGAGGAAUUGCUCGUUGAUGAUCGCCCUGUAUUGCGCUGUUUUCGGAUGAUAAGACAUCUCCGCGCUAAUUCUGUGGUGCUGAAGCAGGUGGACACAGACGUCGUUUCUGGCUUUGGUGGCUCUUGCCAAUUCACGCGCCACAGAAUUAUUGCUACCUACGACAUGGAAACUUCCUUUGCGCUAAUAUGCGCUGCAGGAGAGAGAGAGAGAGAGAGAGAGAGAGAGAGAGGGAGAGAGAGAAGGGAUUCGCACCGCCAGCAUAAACUCCUUUUGUAGUUUUCGGUCGGAAAGGGAGAACAAUUGGCAGGGAGAAGAGAGGGGAAGAGAGAGUCGAGGAAGAGAGGGGAAGAUGGUGGACCGACUCCCUUCUCCUCGUUCUCCACCGGUGCUGCUCCUCCCGCUCUUCCUCUCCUCGUUAGUGCUCUUCUUCCCGCUGUCCUCGGCUGAGGACGCCACCAACAUCACCGCACUGCCGCCUACGCUGAACUCAAACCUUACGACCCCGCUCGCCUCUAAUUCUUCUCCGAAGGCGCAGGUGCCCAACCCGACGGUUUCGUUAUCUCUCUCCCUCGGCGUAUCUCAGGAGCUCAAUCCCAACCCCUUCGUCAACCCGGUAAGCCCAUCCCCCUCUCAUAUCAGAACAAAGCUUCCCAUUUUUCUCUUCUCCUGGUCGUUCAUCCGGGGCGUGGGUGGUGCAGAACCCAGUGUUGUCGCUGUCCCUGUCGCUUAGCGUAUCAGAAGAGCUGAAGGCCAACCCUUUCGACUUAACCCUUUUCCCAUUUCCGCUGCUCGAGGAAGGAGCCGAACCAAGGCAGGUGAAGCACCGUGAGCGUAGGGUCGAAGCCAAGCAACACUUGAAAGAAGACGUGUCUAAGGUUCAGUCUCUUCCUUUCACGUUCACAUGGAGCGCCCAGAGGGCUCCUCUUCGUCUGGGUUUGGCCAGCUUAGUUUAUCUUCACAAGACACGUGUAAAGAGAUCUGAUUUGACGGGCUAGUGCAGGCGAAGUCUGGCUCUUUCAUCAGAGGCAAGUGCCCGUACACAGUGAGGAUCAAGACGAGCUGCUCCUCUCCCCCGGUUACUCGCGACGCUGUCAGCCUUGACUUCGGUGACGCAGACCACAACGAGGCAAUGCUCUUAUCCUCAUCUCUCUCUCUCUCACACAUCUCACAUCUCACAUCUCACGUACCCGACUGAUAAUUAUACUGAUUUCUAGCUACUGUUUCGCUUUGUUUCCGUAUUCAUCACGGCGGCUCUUCACUCUCAUGGUGCUCGUGAGCGGCAGGUGUACGCUGCUCGACUUGACGACCCAGCGUCAGGGACUUUCGAGCGCUGCUCCGUCGACACCUUCCGAGUCGUCGGGCCUUGCGGCGGCCGCCCCUGCUUCCUCUACCUCCGCCGCUCCGGCCGCGACGGCUGGAUUCCCGAGUACGCCAGGAUCUUCUACCAGCCGGGGGACACCCACACGGCCGUCACCUUCGCCUACGAGGCCUCCUUGCCCGACGGGGUCUGGUACGGCUUCAACCUCUGCCAUGACGGCGCCGGCGCAGCUCUCCACAGGGAUACCGCCGUCCGCCCCAGCAGGGCCAAGGUCGACGACAACGGCGGCAGGGACGAAGACGACAAAGGCGACAAGGGUGAUCCGACGAUCAAGAUGAAAACCAAGGUCAGCGGUAGCGUCAAGACGGUCUUCAUCAAGAUGUGA